AUGUUUUUCUUGACAAUCUGGGAAAUAUUACUUUUCCUCAUAUUUUUUAUUGACCUUGCAGAUGAUGCUAUCUGGCACCAUACUAAGUUUGAUAUCUUCCAAUGGGAUGUUGCAAGAGUGUGGACUGUGAUAGCUAUUUACCUUUCAGGAGUCAUCUUAGGAAAAGUCAGACUCCAUUGCUUUUUCUAUUUAGUUUUUUAUUUGAUAAUUGGAUCUGCUUAUGUUUUCACAGAAACUACUUUUGAUCAGCCUAUCUUUUAUGGUAAAAUAUUCACUUUAUUCAUGAUUGCUUUGUUCUCCCCUACAUAUGAUCUUGAAGUGACUGGGAAAUAUGGAGUUGGGCACAGAGAUAUUUUAUUUGAAGAACUUUUAGAUUCUGGUGAUCUCAGUAAAGAAGACAAAGAUUUUAUAAAGAAAAGUAGAAGAGCUCCAAUAUCUGUUUUUUAUCCAAUUGAUAAAGAAAUAUACUUAAAACAAAAAGGAAAGAGUUCAAAGAAUAUUUCUAGAACACUUGGAGGAGGAAUGACUUCACGUGGGCUUGCCAAUGGACUUGGCUCUUUGCCUAAUCUUUUGAUAAAGGGUUUUCACUUAUCAAUUUUAGGAUUCAAAUAUUUUACCCAAGAAAGAAUCGAAGUCGUUGAUAAGCAUCCUAUUCAUCCAGAUUUUGGGGAAGAAGGGAGAAAGAAGAUCAAGCCUAUCUUCUGGUCACAUGGUCUUGUGUUUAAUAGGACUUCUUAUUCAGGAAUUUGUAGAGAAUUAGCAAGCCAAGGAUACAUGGUCUAUUCCUUUGAUCACUCAGAUAAAAGCUGCUCUUGGAUAAAGGACGGAAACUCUAAUAUCUUUUACACCGAAUUCGAUCCUAAAGUUGCCAAGUGCACUGCUGAAGAAUAUAGAGCAACACAACUAAGACAGAGAAUGUGUGAUGUAGAAUAUCUUUUGAAAAUAAUUGAAAUCAAAGAAUCGAAAUCUUUUAAAAAUCUUGAUGUUGAAAACUUAAUAUUCUGAGGCCAUUCAUAUGGAGGAAUGACUGCACUUGAAGCAUGCCACAAAUUCAAAGACAUCUUUAAAUGCUGAGUAGCCAUAGAUCCUGUAUUUAUGUCAAGAUACCAGCAAGUUGCUAAGAACAAUGAGUUUGUAGUUCCAAAGACACCAUUUUUACUUAUGAGCAAUGAGUGGUUCCAAAGCCCAAAAGUUCCGAGAAGAGAUACUUUUGAUGAUUGGAAGACAAUCUGAAAAUUUUAUGAGGAUAGCUUGAGAUCUCAGGAUGAUCCUGACGGAAAGAAAAGCAAGAAUGAAAUCAUUGAUGGUUCUUAUCAUUUAGUGCAGUUUGAUUGGGCUCUCAGGGACUCAGUUUUACUAAAAACUUUAGGACAAAUAGGAAAGAGGUGUAAUGUUGAAGCAAAGCAAAAAGAGACUAUCAGAAGGAUGCUAGAUUUUAUCGAGAAGACUCUGGAAACCUAA